AUGGAGACGCGUCUCGACGAAGUAACAAGCGGAUCUCUCCCCCAUUCCGUGAAGCAGUGGCAGCUCGCCAGCACCGAUUACGAAUUGAAGUCAGUCCGGACGCCUCCUCAGACUGGACGGACCCCCGGACCGGGUCGGGGCUCGUCCGGGACUCGCUUUAGCGCGUGGACUCCACUGGUCCACAAGCCAUCCAACCAGCAGUUGUUCCAGGAGCGCAGUGUUCUGCUCCUCCAUUGGUUCGAUCUCUGGAGCGACGCGCAACGGAAGCAGCUGCUGCACGCGCUGCUGACGAGGUGCAGCCAAUCACAGCUCAAGCUCUGCCGGGACUGGCUGAUGGCCUCCCUCCCGGUGGUCCGGGUGGACUUCACCGCCGUGCUGCCUCGGUUCCUGGGCCUCUACGUCCUGUCCUUCCUCUCCCCCCGCGACCUCGCCGCCGCCGCCCAGGUCAGCUGGCACUGGAGGAGCCUGGCCGAGCAGGACUGCCUAUGGUCCGGCCGGUGCCUCCGUCGGGGGUGGUUCCUCCCUUACUCCCCCGGGGUGAGGGAGGGAGGGGCCUGGAGGGACCACUAUGUCUCCUGCGUCUCCACCCUGGACUGGAGCCCGGCCGACACCCCCCCUCUUAGGGUCUGGGAGGAGGUGGAGGAGGAGGAGGAGGAGAGGAGGAGAGAGUUCAUCAGAGAGAGACUGCACCAGGAGAAGGGGGAGCGGGCCUGGGGCAGUCGCCUGCCCUCCGCGGCCCACCCGCGGUGGCCCGUCCCUGAGGAGACGGUGAGCGGUUGCCCCUGGCCGUCCUGGAGCUCAGCGGGAGAGGGUGUGGUCCCCGGGGUGGGGCUGAGACACAGAGAGGGGAAGGGGACGGCUGGGUCAUCGCUGAGGGCUGGGAGAGCCGCCAUGAUGUCUGGAGGACUCGGGUUGGUGGUUGAGAUCCUGUCUGUCCUGCUGCUGGUGUCCAACAGGAUCCCCGCCUACGAGCUGGUGAUGUGUGGUACCAGGUCAGAGGUGGUGCUGGUUCUCUACGACCAGAGGGGCACCCUUCCGGCCCUCCUAGCCCAGCUGCAGAGGGUCCUGGCUGGGCGCGCCGCCUGCCGGCUCGGCCUCCUCUGCCCCGGAGGCACGGAGGAACUGCAGGUGGUCCGCGGUGUCAGCCUGUCAGAGCAGAGUGUGCUGGUCCCCAGCACCAGGGACUUCUGGGAGAGAAUGUGUGGCUGGGUCAUACCAAGUGAAAAAGGAGGAGGGGUGGAUAUCUUUUCACCCCUCGCUGCCUCUGCCAGAGGGGUCGCUCUCAUGUUGACCCUGUCCACCAUCACCGGUCUGGAGGUCUGUGCUCCCAUGGGGCUGGCCACCGGAAGCUUCCAGAACAUCUUGAGUAGAUGGACGUCCAGCAGCAGCCGUCACCUCCGUGUGCGUGAGGAGGAGGAGGAGCUUGAGGAAUGCUACGUCCAUGAGGCCGUGCUGAGGGGGUGGUGCCUCCAGGCCCAGUGGAUGGAGGAGGCCCUGGGGGAACUCAGGGGCCUCUUGGGGCCCCGGUUGCACGGGGUCAGCCUGGAGGCCCGGGGCCGUGCCCUGGGUCACUUCCUGUGGGACAGGGUGUCCCUGGAGGACGUGUGUGUCUCUGCCCCCCUGACCCGGGCUCUGAUCGAGGGGCUGUCCGUGCUGAAGGGGGGGGCGGAGACUCGGCCGCUGCGGUCGCUGGCGGCGUUCCUGUCCCGACGGAGUGAGGAGGAAGAGGAGGUGAAGGAGGACGGACAGCCCACAGACUCGGAGGACAGGGGGACAGAGGGGGGAGAAGACCUCCUAAGGGCUGGCCCCGCCCCUUUACCUGAGCUGGCUCAGAUGGCUCUAGACUGGAGGGGGGCGGUGGUGAAGGAGUUGUAUCACAGUGAGCAGCAAUACCAGUCCAGACUGGCCUCUGUCUUAAAGGUGUACCACGAGCCCCUCACUGCGGCGGUGGACUCUAAUCGACCAAUCAUCAGCCAGGCCAGUGUCCAUGUGAUCCUCAGCCCUGUGGAGCAAAUCCUGCACCUCAACAGGGCAUUCCUGCGGGCCCUGGGGCCCCGGCUGGCCCUCUGGGGCCCCGGUCAGUGUGUGGGGGCAGUCCUCCUCCAGCUCUGCUCUAAGCUCCGCCUCUACCUCAACUACCUCCACCAGUACCCCUCCGCUCUGAGGGCCGUGGACGAGUGCAGGGAGAAGAUCCCGGCCUUCCGGGCAUUCCUGAAGAGGGCAGACAGAACGAUAGCGACGCACAUGUUGAGCCUCCCAGAGCUGCUGCUCUCCCCUCUCUGGCGGCUGGAGGAGUACGUCACUCUGCUCCAGGCUCUCUCUCUGACCACGCCCCAAGACCACCCUGACCACGCCCCCCUGGCCCACGCCCUCGUUGCCAUGACGCGCCACCGCGAGUUCAUACGUAAGAUGAAGAGUAGCUCGGAGAGAGACCGACUGAUGGAGGAAACCCAGAGAGAGAUCAAGGGCUGUCCGGACCUCCGUGAGGGGGACAGGCAGCUCAUCCUGACCCAGGACGCUGCCUUGCUCCAGAGCCCUGGGGAAGACCUCCCCCACUCCCUGAGGACCUACCAGCAGGUGUGUGACCUCGGCCUCUUCCUCUUCAACGACGCCCUCGUCCUGACGAAGAGGAGUGUGGACCACGCCCCCUUCUCGCUCGCCCAACACACCACACACACCUUCCUGGCCUCGGUCGCCCUCGGCUGCCUGGACGCCCGCGAGAUCACACACUCCCGCUACGUCCACAAUGCCUUCAUCCUGGAGGGUCCGUCUCGUUCGUGGGCGUGCUCAACCGAGCGAGCCGAGGACUCGGAGUGCUUCCUGUCUGCGCUGCGAUCGGCCGCUCUCGCCGCCCUCACACCACAGGGGUGAUGCGUCCAAUCAGGUCGAUCUGGGGACACGCCCACUACAUGACACGCCACCUCAGUACCCUAACAGCUCCUGACGA